CCUUAUCGCACCUCUUGGCGCGCUCCCAGAUGCAGAGCCACAGCACAAUAUCCUGAACACACGUCGUCUGCUCUUUACCCCAAUCCUCUCGAUCGCUGUGUGCGCGCCAUCAUUUUGUGGAAGUAUGAAGUAAAGAGAUCGUGUUUCUCCAGGGCUCGUUAUUUUGGGAGCAUCCACGUUCCGUAUCAUUUCUCGUUACUAUGUAGCAACAAUCAUCAUUGGAGAUAUAUUUCGUAAAAAAACUCACAGACGACAAACGAUUUUGACAACGGAACAACUUGGGACAGCAACUUGUGUUUCCCCUCUAGGAUUUUGGAAUGGUGACAUUUAACAGUCCCAGUCAUGGGGAAAAGGAAUAGUAAACUGAAACAGGAGGAGGUUGUGGAACUGAGGAAGCGAACUUAUUUUACUGAAGAGGAAAUCCAACAAUGGUACAAAGGGUUCAUGAAGGACUGCCCUGAUGGCAAACUGACUUUAGAUGGUUUUACAAAAAUUUACAAGCAAUUCUUUCCCUUUGGUGAUCCAAGUAAAUUUGCAUCCUUUGUAUUUAAUGUCUUUGAUGAAAACCGGGAUGGGUAUAUAGAAUUCCAGGAAUUUCUCCAAGCGUUGUCUGUGACUUCUCGAGGGAGUGUACAAGAAAAGCUACAGUGGGCUUUCAAGUUGUAUGACCUUGACAGUGAUGGGUUCAUCACACGAGAAGAAUUACUGGACAUUGUGGACGCAAUAUAUAAAAUGGUGGGAAAUUCUGUGAAACUUCCAGAAGAGGAAAAUACACCUGAAAAACGAGUCAAUAAAAUAUUUGAAAUUAUGGAUAAGAACAAGGAUGAUAAACUUUCGUUUGAUGAAUUCCUAGACGGUUCAAAGAAGGACCCUACCAUUAUACAAGCACUGACAUUGUAUGACACAACCAGUCAACAGCCAGGAUGAUAGAAUAGAGAAGGGGUUAGGAUGUGUAUUUCUAUGUUGCUAUGAGAUCACCUUGGAGACCAAAAUGAUUGACACAUGCCGCCUUUGAAAAUAACCUGCCAUGCCUGUGUUGAGAAUAUUUUUUAAAGAAAUUGUGAUAUUUUCAUUUGAAAUGUUUUACCUGUACAGUUUUAUUUAUUUCAUCUGCCUUGGUGUGGAACACACUUAAGUGUAUUUAUUGAUAAUAAUUUAUUCAAUGUGUUUCUGUGAGUAAAAGGUUGAGUAGUUUUAUACUUAAAGUUGUAUGCUAUCUGUGACAUUCAUUUCCUUUCCUAGAAGAGUUCUAGUAAGAGAGCUAGUGAGCUAUUAAUAGUAAUACAUGUAUUGACCUAAAGUAGAGAUAACAUUAUUUAGUCAAUAAGUAAAAGUUCUCUCUCGGUAGUGCUACAGUAGCUAGGGGACAGUCAGUAAUAGUUCUCUGUCGGAAGUGCUACAGUAGGGGACUGUCAGUAAUAGUUCUCUGUCGGUAGUGCUACAGUAGGGGACAGUCAGUAAUAGUUGUCCUUCGGUAGUGCUACAGUAGGGGACUGUCAGUAAUAGUUGUCCUUCGGUAGUGCUACAGUAGGGGACUGUCAGUAAUAGUUCUCUGUCAGUAGUGCUACAGUAGGGGACUGUCAUUAAUAGUUCUAAGUCGGUAGUGCUACAGUAGGGGACUGUCAGUAAUAGUUCUCUGUCAGUAGUGCUACAGUAGGGGACUGUCAGUAAUAGUUGUCCUUCGGUAGUGCUACAGUAGGGGACUGUCAGUAAUAGUUGUCCUUCGGUAGUGCUACAGUAGGGGACUGUCAGUAAUAGUUCUCUGUCAGUAGUGCUAUAGUAGGGGACUGUCAGUAAUAGUUCUCUGUCAGUAGAGCUACAGUAGGGGACUGUCGGUAAUAGUUGUCCUUCGGUAGUGCUACAGUAGGGGACUGUCAGUAAUAGUUCUCUGUCAGUAGAUCUACAGUAGGGGACUGUCAGUAAUAGUUCUCUGUCGGUAGUGUUACAGUAGGGGACUGUCAGUAAUAGUUCUCUUGUCAGUAGUGCUACAGUAGGGGACUGUCAGUAAUAGUUCUCUGUCGGUAGUGCUACAGUAGGGGACUGUCAGUAAUAGUUCUCUGUCAGUAGAUCUACAGUAGGGGACUGUCAGUAAUAGUUCUCUGUCGGUAGUGCUACAGUAGGGGACAGUCAGUAAUAGUUCUCUGUCGGUAGUGUUACAGUAGGGGACUGUCAGUAAUAGUUCUCUGUCAGUAGAUCUACAGUAGGGGACUGUCAGUAAUAGUUCUCUGUCAGUAGUGCUACAGUAGGGGACUGUCAGUAAUAGUUCUCUGUCAGUAGAGCUACAGUAGGGGACUGUCAGUAAUAGUUCUCUGUCAGUAGAUCUACAGUAGGGGACUGUCAGUAAUAGUUCUCUGUCGGUAGUGUUACAGUAGGGGACUGUCAGUAAUAGUUCUCUGUCAGUAGAUCUACAGUAGGGGACUGUCGGUAAUAGUUGUCCUUCGGUAGUGCUACAGUAGGGGACAGUCAGUAAUAGUUCUCUGUCAGUAGAGCUACAGUAGGGGACUGUCAGUAAUAAUAGUUCUCUGUCGGUAGAUCUACAGUAGGGGACUGUCAGUAAUAGUUCUCUGACAGUAGUGAUACAGUAGGGGACUGUCAGUAAUAGUUCUCUGUCGGUAGAGCUACAGUAUGGGACUGUCAGUAAUAGUUCUCUGUCAGUAGAGCUACAGUACCUGGGACUGUCGGUAAUAGUUCUCUGUCGGUAGUGCUACAGUAGGGGACUAUACAUCUAAGGUUUAGUCCAUGCAUGGGUGUUUAGUGGGCUAGUCCAUGUUUCCCUAUUUACAUGUAAGCAUGUCUUUUAUACUAUUUCACACACAACUGCAAUAUCUUCUGUAUGUUUUCACAAGAAAUAGCAAUAUCUUUAGUAUGUUUUCACAAGAAACAGCAAUAUCUUUAGUAUGUUUUCACAAGAAACAUCAAUAUCUUUAGUAUGUUUUCACAAGAAACAGCAAUAUCUUUAGUAUGUUUUCACAAGAAACAGCAAUAUCUUUAGUAUGUUUUCACAAGAAACAGCAAUAUCUUUAGUAUGUUUUCACAAGAAACAGUAAUAUCUGUAGUAUGUUUUCACAACUGUAAUAUGUUGAGUACCUUUUGGAUGGUGGAGUGUCACCCACAGUAUGGUCUGAGUAGACUUAAAGUUUAUAUACAAUUGCAAAAGAGGUUUUACCUUAUUAUAACUUAUGUUAAUCACACUUGUUGGCCCGAAUGAAAUUGUGAGGAGUCUUACUUUAGAAGGAAUCCAGAGUGCCCGGAGAAAACCUAUGUGGUUAGGUAGGUGACCACAUACCGUUUCAUGAGAAUCAAACCCUGGCUGCUUAGGUGAAAAGCAAGUGUGUUACCAUUAUGCUACCCCACCAACCAUGCCCCCUGACCACCACUAUGCCAUCUGACCGUCACUAUGCCACCCAACCAUCACUAUGCCACCCGACCAUCAACUAUGCCACCUGACCACCACUAUGACAUAAGACUAUCACUAUGUCGCCCGACCAUCACUAGGCCACCUGACCAUCACUAGGCCACCUGACCAUCACUAGGCCACCUGACCAUCACUAUGCCACCCGAAAACCAUGUCAUCUGACCCUCACUAUCACCCGACCAACACUAUGCCAUCCGAUCAUUGCUAUGUCAUACGACCACCCAUAAAUCCCUGUCCCUCCAUACACAGAGUUAUUUCCCUUAGUUCAAACUGUAUAACACUGUCGGGGUAUAUCUUGCAUAUCUUUUUACCUAAAUUUGCUUUAUUCCCAUACAAUUGAUAUGGUGGAUAGUUGUAUACUUAACUAGCUCUCGGGUACCACGUUUCACAGAGUUAUGGCUCUUCGUUUAUACCAUGGAACAAACAUUGACCAGAGAUUGAAACUUUGCAUUGCUGACAAUGCUCUAUACGCUUUCAUUUUAGAGAAGGUUAAUUAAUUAUAGAUUAUACCAUAGAGAAAACAGAUUAAGUGUCUGUUAACAAUUGACAUAAAAUCUAAAAUAUGCAUUUAUAGAUGUACAUACCUGUAGCAUAACAUUAUUUAUGCUGACUCCAAAUAACUAAUAUCUGUCUUGUAGCAUAUAAUCUUAAAACUUAAAAUUUAUAGAUAAUGUAUAAUGUGAAAGGUAGCAUAUCUCCUUAAGUGUAACAAGCAUAAGUCAAAGGCUUACCAGCAAUGUGUUAAGAAGCAUAAAUCAUUAACUCUACCAAAUAUCUCAGGGUUAAAUGACUGUAAAACAAAUCACAAGUUUACAAUUAAUGAUAUGUUUGCCUGUCUCAUUGAAACUUACUUUCAAAAUUUUCCACUCUUGAAUGAAAGAGAAUAUUCAGUACAGAAUCAAAGAUAUCAUACCAUCAAUUAUGCUUGAGAGACAAAGGGAAACCAAACAUGUUUAAAUGCUGCAUUUAAAAGUUUCAGUGUUUAUGUAUAUAAUUAUAGAUUACCUGCCUACAGUAUGAGAAUAUGUUUAUAGUGUUACAAAAGCUGGUCUUCAGCUCAGGAAAUAUGAAAUCCAGAUAGGUAAUAUAGGACCAUAGUACCUGCCUACAACAUAAAUAACUUAUAUGAACUAUUGGUACAGGUUUAUACAGCCUCUCAAUACAUGUUGAUAUGAACUCUAGUACAAGUUUAUAUGAUCUCUUAAAAAAAAGGUUUAUAUAAGUUUAUAUGGUCUCUCAAUAUAAGUUCCUAUAAGUUUAUAUGGCCUCUCUAUACAGGUUUAUAUGGUCUCUCAAUAGAUGUUUAUAUGGCCUCUCUAUACGGGUUGAUAUGGUCUCUCAAUAGAGGUUUAUAUGGCCUCUCUAUACAGGUUUAUACUCAGUACAGGUUUAUAUGGCCUCUCAAUAUAGUUUUCAUACAGAUUAAUAUGGCCUCUCUAUACAGGUGUAUAUAUAAUUUCUGUACAGGUUUAUAUGGCCUCUCAAUACAGGUUUAUAUGACCUCUCUAUACAGGUGUAUAUAAACUCUCGGUACAGGUUUAUAUGACCUCACAAUAUAAGUUCAUGCAGGUUUAUAUGGUCUCUCAAUAGAGGUUUAUAUGGCCUCUCUAUACAGGUGUAUGUAAACUCUCAGUACAGGUUUAUAUGGUCUCACAAUACAGAUUUAUAUUGUUUUAUAAUACAGAUUGAUAUUGCCCCUCAAUACAGGUUAAUAUGUAACAAGGUGUGAAAAAAAACAAUACAUGUACUUGUUAAUGAUUUGUUUCAAAAGGACAAAGGACAACUAUAUUUAAUAUUGUGAUAUGAAAAUAUUUGGUUACAGUACAAGUGUGCAACACCAAACAUUUCACUGGUAAAUUUUUUUUGUAACAUGUUUGAUAUUUUUCAGUAGAGAACAAAGUGUGGUGAUUGAACCCUGGGCAAUCUUAGUUAUUUUUGCAUGUAAAAUGGCCGCUUUCAUUAAGUGACAUUUUCUAUAUGCACAACAUAUACCAUCCUCUGCAUCAUCAGUUUACAUUGUCUUUUAAAUUAUUUAUCAACUCUUGUAUUUUUAUUGCCACUUCAAUGUUUAUUGAGUAAAGAUACUUCAUAACUCUAUUAUCAAGAGUGUAAGAUACUUCACUAUCUUGGUCCUACUGUAUGAAAUUGUGUUUCUUUAUGGUUGUUUUGGUGUUUUUUGUUAAAAUUGCACAAGUAGUCUUAUCACAAAAAUAUUGUCACAAAAAAACCCACUUCAACAUUACUGCUGGGCUUGGUAUUUAUAGAGAAAUGUGUUAAAGACAAAUUAAUUUCCUAUAGUUUAAUCAAGAUUUUUUUUUUUUUUUUUUAUCAAUCUGUUGUGAUAGUUAAGUAGCUAGCUGGCAGGAGUAAAAAUCUGUUAUGGUUUUAUUAUUAUAGAUGACUGUUCGUACAUUACAAUACUGAACCAGUCCUUUAUUUUAAGUGUUUAACAUUAUCUGUGUCCUUAUUCAAUUUGUUUCUACUAAAGUAUUUUUAUUUAACAAAUGUGAUUUAUUUAUUUUUACAUAAUUUUAUGUCAGUCCCAAAGGAAUAUCUUUAAAAAAAAUGUUUUUCUCUUAUUACUAAAUACUCAAAAGAAAAGUUACAAUAAAUGGAAUAUUGUUUUCUAAUACUGAUUUGUUGACAAGAUCUAUAAAUAUCUUGAAUUCUCAGAAUUUAUCUUAUCUUAUUAUUCUUCACAUAUUCCUUGUUAUCUAACUGACCUGUUGAUUUUGAUUUUGUUGUUAUGUAAUAGAAAAUUAUUAGCUAUUUUCCACAAAUUAGUAGAUGGAGAAGAACCGAAGAUUAUAUAUUUAAUGAUUAUCAAAAAAUUGAUAUAUAUGUAUAUAUAACAAUAUAUAUAUACCUGUCAAUGUGGCUAACAUCAUUAUUAUUCCUGUAAAUAUGUUGUAGUCAUACCUUGCACUAGUACCUUCGUGUAUGACUGGACUGUUGACAAUCUGAUACGGCAAUAAUGGGUUCAUGUGUGAUCAUGGAACCGAGGUACAAUCAGUGUAAGAAAGGUAGAUAAUAUAUGCAAAUCAUCUCAGUAUUUACACAUUUAAAUGCUACAUUGUACAGAAAGUGAACAGUGUAUUGUAUACCAUUUUUCUACAUUUUCAUUCUGCAUCUUCUUAUUAUGGUUUUAUACUGUUAAUCUUUUCCUUAACAGUUACCUCCCUUUUCCUUCAUGGUUAGCUCCCUUUGAUAACCCUGAACCCCUAGUUUUCCUGUUAUAGACCCCUUCCCGACGUCACAGGGUGGCAGUUUUUAUAAAAUAUCAGAUUGAAAUUAUUUGAUAUUGAAAUCUUAUUGUCAUAUAAAUUGUGCGACAGAAUUUUCAAAAUUUUGGGAUACCAUAAAAAUAAUCCACAAUUCUAAUAACUUGCCCUCUCAACAAAGUUGAUAUUUCAGUUGUAAAUCCAGUUUGCCCCUGUGACUUUGGUGAAGACUGUUUAUCAGGAUAUUUUGUCCAUAGACUGUGACCAAUAGCUAUUGUGUAUAUAUCUUUAGGAACAACCUGUGAGAAUGACCAAUCGUAUUUGUUCCAAGGAGAGUUGAAUUACAUGAUGGAGAUGAUGAAAUGAAGGUAUGGAGAUGACAAUCGGUGAACUAAGUUAAAUAAAGUUUAAAAA